CUAGAUAUUUGAUUAAGUGUGUCAUAUCUUAAUUAAAUUCUAGAUUCAAACCCCAAGUUAAGAUAAGGGUGUGUAAUAUCUCUUAACACCAACUUGGUUUUAUCCAUCAUUAUUUUCUAUCCAUUUCUUUCCCCACCAUUUCUAUCCUUAAUCCCCUUUUCUUUCCUCAUAUUAAAAAUACCAAAAGAACUCCUUCAUCAUCUCCAUAUCUUUCCAAGCCAUUUCCCCACAAAACACACUUCUUCCUGCCCAGAAUUCUGCCCAAUAAUCGAUUAUCUUGAUUGACAAUCGAUUAUCCGUCGUCGUUGAAAAAACCUGCAGCCUUCAACAAUCGAUUAUCCCCUUUGACAAUCGAUUAUCCGUUUUCUGUCCAACUGAUUUUUUGGCUGCAGAAACGAAAUGUGCGAACAAAUCUAAGACUCAUUUUGUUCCCAGUAGUAAUCUGUCUGUUGCUUGUGCUUAUCCAAUAUGUGGUGAAUAACGAGUUGGAUAAGCCUUCAAGAAGGUGUGGAUGCACCUGUGUUGAUAAGAAUGGAGAUGGAAAUUGUGAACGAGUUUGUGGGGUUGAGUACUCAACCUUGGAUCAAGCAGUCAAUUGUCCUCUUCCUCAUCCACCAGAAUGGCCUCCCUUGUUACAGAUACCUAGAGUAGAAUAUCGUGCAGUACAAAAUGAUUUUACUCCAUACAAAGAUUUACCCACAAAAUCAUGCAAGAUCACUAGAUCCUGUCCAGCGGUUAUACUCUUGACUGGAGCUAAUAAAACAUUUGCUGAAAGCAUUGGUGGAAAUUUGUUCCAUAGCCCAACCACACUCAAUUCUUCUGAAAUUCCUUACAAUUUAGCUGAUGAUUUCUUGGGUUCAGGAUCAUACACGGCGUAUUCUAAUUUUGUGGAACCAGCUUUCUCCUCAAAUUUAGCAGUGUACAGUAUUCAGCCUUCGUGUGCUUCAAACUAUACAUUUUCACUUCCUUUGAGAAUAGGUUCACGCUUUCUGCAACAAGAUAUCAGUUGCACUCAAGGCUUACAUUUAUGGCGUAAUAGUUCAUCUAAAAUUAACGAUGAACUUUAUAGAGGGUAUAGAAAAGGGAAUUUAGAGAAAGAGAUAAAUGAGAUAAUAGCAGCAUAUGAUUUCUUAAAUUCUAAUGGAAAUCACUACAAUGUGAGUAUUUGGUACAAUGCUACAUACAAAAACGACACAGGAAACACACCUAUAUCACUUGCACGGGUGCCUCGCUCAGUGAAUUUGGUAUCCAAUGCCUAUCUCCAAUUUCUGCUUGGCCCUUCAACAAAAAUGUUAUUUGAGUUUGUUAAAGAAAUGCCAAAGCCUGAAACAAGAGUCAGGCUGGAUUUUGCUUCUCUCCUUGGGCCUCUUUUCUUUACUUGGGUGAUUAUACAGCUAUUUCCGGUUGUAUUGACAUCUCUAGUUUACGAGAAGCAACAAAAGCUAAGAAUUAUUAUGAAAAUGCAUGGACUUGAAGAUGGACCAUAUUGGAUGAUUUCUCAUGCUUAUUUUCUUGCCAUAUCUUUCAUUUAUAUGCUAUGUUUUGUGAUUUUUGGAUCCUUAAUAGGUUUAAAGUUCUUUACACUGAAUGAUUACAGCAUCCAGUUGAUUUUUUACUUGAUCUACAUUAACUUGCAAAUUGCACUAGCAUUUCUCAUUACUGCAUUUUUUAAGAAUGUGAAGACAGCAGCAGUGGUAGGUUAUGUAAUGGUGUUUGGUUCCGGACUCUUGGGUGGCUUCCUUUUUCAGUUUUUUGUUCAGGAUACAUCAUUUCCAAGAGGCUGGAUUAUUGCUAUGGAGUUGUACCCUGGAUUUUCUCUUUAUCGUGGAUUGUAUGAGCUUUCACAAUAUUCUUUCACUGGUAGUUAUAUGGGGACUGUUGGAAUGCAAUGGAAAAAUUUGAAUGAUAGAGAAAAUGGGAUGAUAGAGGUCUUAAUUAUUAUGUUUGUGGAAUGGGUACUGGUUCUCUUCUUUGCAUAUUACACAGAUCAAAUUAUAUCAUCUGGGAAAACUCCUCUCGUUUUCCUUCGCAAUUUCCAAAAUAAGUAUCCUUCAUCUUUUCGGAGACCCAGCUUACAGAGGCAGGGGUCUAAUGUCUAUAUAGAGAUGGACAAACAGGAUAUAGUCCAGGAGAGGGAGAGAGUUGAGCAUUUGCUUCUUGAAUCAAGUACAAGUCAUGCUUUAAUAUGUGACAACAUAAAAAAAACUUAUCCAGGAAGAGAUGGAAACCCUGAAAAAAUUGCAGUGAAAGGAUUGUCACUUGCUUUGCCUCAGGGGGAAUGCUUUGGUAUGCUUGGGCCCAAUGGUGCUGGGAAAACUUCUUUUAUAAAUAUGAUGAUUGGUCUGGUAAAGCCGAGCUCUGGGACUGCAUAUGUUCAGGGCAUGAAUAUACAAACUGAUAUGGACAGAAUAUAUACCAGCAUGGGAGUAUGUCCUCAGCAUGACCUACUUUGGGAAACAUUAACAGGAAGGGAACACUUACUGUUCUAUGGACGGCUAAAAAAUCUGAAAGGGGCCAACUUGAAAAGGGCGGUUGAGGAGUCUCUUCAAAGUGUAAAUUUAUAUCACGGAGGAGUUGCAGACAAGCAAGCUGGAAAAUAUAGUGGAGGAAUGAAGAGGAGGCUUAGUGUUGCCAUUUCAUUGAUUGGAGAUCCCAAAGUUGUGUAUAUGGAUGAGCCUAGUACUGGACUGGAUCCUGCUUCAAGGAACAGUUUGUGGAAUGUGGUCAAACGUGCAAAACAAGAUAGAGCAAUAAUUUUAACAACGCACUCAAUGGAAGAGGCAGAGCAUUUAUGUGACAGGUUAGGUAUCUUUGUGGAUGGAAGCUUGCAAUGCCUAGGAAAUCCCAAGGAGUUGAAGGCAAGGUAUGGUGGCUCGUAUGUACUCACCAUGACAACAUCUUCAGAUCACGAUGCAGAGGUGGAGAGCAUGGUGCUCAAUCUCUCCCCAAAUGCGUGCAAGAUUUAUCAUAUUUCGGGCACACAAAAGUUUGAGCUGCCAAAGCAUGAGAUAAGCAUCGCAGAUGUCUUCCAAGCCGUCCAGAAUGCAAAGAGAAGAUUUAGUGUUCAUGCAUGGGGCCUAGCAGAUACAACCUUAGAGGAUGUGUUUAUAAAGGUUGCAAGAGGGGCUCAGUCAUCCAUUAGCCUCUCAUGAUAUGUCUUCCACCACAGCAACACACCACUCUAUAUGUCACUUGGCAUAUCUUGGUUGGGAAGAAGAGUUCAUGAAUGAGCCGGGUUCACAUGGUUCUAAUAUUCUAUGCUUUAAACGUUUGUACCUUUCUAGAUGGUACGUCACGUUAUUAUGCCUGAAGGCUCAUAUGAACCCGACUCACGCAAAAUUGCUCACAUUUGAUAUAUUUGAUGCAUUUGGUACUAUAUACUUAUGUGAUGUAUGUAUAGCAAAUCAUGCAAUGUGAAUCACAGUGGCCUGGGUGUUGUGCUAGUUAAGAUUGUACUGUUUCUAUUUGCACCUCUAUGGAAGGAUAAAAUACACGCUAAUAAAAUGGAGCAAGUUCCCAAUAUUGAAUGAAUCUUAUAUCUUUGU